AAUCGAGAUCAUAAUAGUCCUUACGCUUUCUUGUGCCCUGAUUUUUACUCAAGUCAACAUAUUCCAAGCCUAAAAAUCUAAUUUGUAUGGUCUCUUUUGUCCCUUCUCGUCACGGCAGUGCCCUAUAUGGAAAUUACAAAGGAAAAAUAAACUUGUUCUCUUCAGUCUUCAACCAGAAUAACAGGUUUAAUGUAAUUCAAGGAAAUGGCCAAUACCAGCCGUACGCAUAUGACGGUUUGUAUCAAUAUCCAAAUUACGCAAUUGCUGACACGCAAUCGCCCAUGAAGUUAGUUCCGGAGAAUCGAUUCUUCUGGACCUGGACCUCGACCACAACAUCGACCACAACUUGUACCGUUUUGGCUAAUGCGCCCUGUCGCCGCAAAAGAUUUCUCAUCGACAAUUCAGAAGACAACAUCCUCGAGCCUUCUACAGUAGAAAACAGAGUAGAAGCCACUCAGAUUGCCCAGAUUGCUUCCAGGAAAUCACGUGAAACUUACUCUGAGACGGCACCUGAUUUCCAGUCGUACGAACUACAGUCCACGUUCAGCAAUCCUUACUUCUCUUCGAAUUACAUUCCGUACUUUCGCCAGCCGAUCCUAAUCGCCAAUCCCCGUUUUUUCCUCCGCAUCUCGACUUCUACCGUCUUUGAGGUUGUCACACUCAGGCCGGCAUGUAUUUCACCAAGCGGAUUUGAUCGUUGUUACUAAAGGAUUUUGUUAAUUCUGCUUGUCCCCAAUCGAUUUCAAACCGCACACAUUCUUAUUAUUUACUCGUUAGUGAAGAAUAACAUAAAGGUGAUGGUUUAUUUAAUUUAAUGGAUAUAAUUUUCAGACUAUCGAGA